UGUCUUUGAGGUUGGAAAGGAGAAUGGAGAGGGAAGAAAUAGAGUGCUACAUCGUAACCUCUUGCUGCCAGUUAGUUCUUUGCCAGUCAAAAUGCCACCAGCCAUUAAACCCAGACGACGACAAGUACCAAUACCUGUGCCUAAGCCGAGGAAGAACACGGCUGUCGAAACAAGUGAAGAUCUGUCUGAUGAGGAAUCAGCAAUUGGCUAUACCCGUUCUUCAGAACCUUCAGUUCCUACUGAGAUCACAGUGGAAAGGCCAACUGAAGGAGAGUCAGAAGAAGCUUUAGAAGGAGAUAAGACUCCUACUGAAGAAGGGAGGGAAGAAGAAGAGCCAACUGAUAAUACUGUUCACCAGAACGAGCAAGAUGAAGACAGAUCUGAGACUGGGGCCACAGGUAGUGAGGAUGACAGAGAAGAACAACCCAAUUUGCAGCCAGAAGAUGCUUCUCAGCCACGGCGGUCAACCAGAACCAGGUCACAGCCCAACUGGAUGAGAAGUGGAGAAUAUGUUCUUUCUGCCAUAAGUGAUCCUGGAAAUCCAGAAUGGCUUGCCAGAGCCAACUAUCUCAAUUCUCUGCUAGCUGAUGAUAGAUUCCGGGAUCAGCGACACCGAGUGGCUGAUACUCUUCUCGAUCUUGUUAGCGGCAAGGUCAAAUGAUGAGACAUCAUUUUCCUGUGGGGGGAAGUAUGUGGCAGACACAAGUAUUAACAUACAGUUUUGUUGUAUAUAUGUUUUAUCUAUUUGAGGUCCUUUAGGUUUGUAAUAUUAUUUUAAGUUGUUAGGAAAGUAGGUUCUUAGUUCAAUAUCUAUUAUGGGCUUCUGGAUUAGUUUACUUAUAAUGUAGAGGGUGGUUGGGUUGGUCUAUGUUUGUGUCAUUGUUUCUCCUCUUUGUUCUAACCCAAGCCUUGUUUUCAUUGGCUUGUUCAAACUGUGCACUUUUCAUCCAUCUUGCACUUGACAAUACACCCAUUCAGAAGUCAGUCAACAAUUUGGACUUGGACAGAUCUGGGAUUAAUAAUUCGAUUAAUAAGGUUAGUAAUCUUUAAUAUUGCUAGCUAAUAUCUAUGUAUUUGUAUAAUGAUAUAACUUAUGUUAUCUAAGUUAUGUGGAAUGUUAUUUCAGUAUUAUUAACAUGCUUAUCUUUGGUAUGGUGAUUGUGUCACCAUAUUACUAAGUUAAUAAUUAAAUAAGGCUAAGUAAACACUAUAAAUGCUUUUCAUCCUUCUUCUUCCUGUGUGUGAAUGUUUGAGUGAAGGCGUUGAUUUUUAUCAUUGUGUAAAUACUGAAUUUGUAUGCAAUGUCAAUCAUUGUAUGGUAGUUAGUAGUUAGUUAUAUUUCCUCAAUUGUAUUCUGUAUGUUACAUUUAUUCAUAGUUGAUUCUGUAAUUAGGAGCGUGCUGACAGCUACAAAGCUACCACGCAAGGCGGCUGCCUAGAGAGGACAAACACCCCAGUGUCACCCACAGGGGUGUCAUUGUUAUCUACUAAUAAGGCAAUAAAGACUCACACCCGUAGCCUGUGUUGGAC